AGACCGGACUCAUAUGAUAGAGCAAGCGAACAAUGGCAGCUCUAUUGUCCCAAAAGGAGCAGGAAUGCUCGACCAGCACACAGCAUUACAGCACAGAUGGUGGGAGACGUGGUAAUAAUAAAUAUCCAGUGACUGAAGAGUCCAUUUCAAAGCGUGUAGCCCUGCUGAUCACUAACAAAACUUUCGAUGGGUAUUCAACCAGACAUGGAGCUGAGAAAGAUGAAUAUGAAAUGCACUGCAUGCUUGCAGAUCUGGGUUACGAUGUGGUGAAAUAUAGGAACUUGACUGUAAAGGAGAUUGAAGAAGCUCUACAAAAGUUCUCAAAACAUCCACAUCUUGUCCACACGGAUAGUGUGUUUGUAGUUAUCAUGUCUCACGGAUCUCUGCAAGGUGUCUGUGGCACUGACUGCAAACCUUUCGAAAUUGAAAACAUUUACAAGAGCCUAAACACACAGAAUUGUCCUGCACUACAUAACAAGCCCAAGGUGAUCAUCAUCCAGGCUUGUAGAGGAGGUCAGGCGGGUUCGGUGGUUUUACAUGAUGAAGUUUUAACCACUAUUGGAAGAAACAUCGAGACAGAUGCUGUGGUACACAAAGAAAAGGACUUCAUCUCUCUUCUGUCCUGCACCCCUAAUACGACUUCAUACAGAGACGAGUCAUACGGCUCUUAUUUUAUCCAAUAUAUUGUUGAGAUAUUCAAAGAGUUUGCUGAUGUGGAUCACAUUGAGGAACUGUUCAGAAAAGUCAUGCAGCGCUUCGAGGAAUCGGAGUUUGGUGAAAUUCAGAUGCCAAGCAAAGACAGAUGUACUCUGACCAAGAACUUCUACCUGCUUCCCUACUAAAAGAAGACAAGUCUCAGCAAUGGUAAAAGAUAUUGCAGGUAUACUUUUUAUUGUUUGGUAAAUGCUCUGUUUUUGUACUGUGUGUAUAACAGAGCAGGUUUAGUGAUGAAUGAAAAGCUUCAUAUACUCUCUUCUUUUAAUGCCUCACCAAGAUAAUGAGUGAUAUGUAUAACUGAAAUAUUCUGAAUAUGGAAAUCAAGUCUAAGAGAAAAUUAUGUUUUAUUAUGUAUUUUAUUAAAGCUUUUGUUUAAAUAAAGAAACUUUGAUCUUUUUUCUGGCAAGUGGGCAGAGGAGGUUUAUGAUUCCAGGUUGUUAUUUUUUUCAUUCUCGUACAGAUAAAACUGGUAUAAGUGCAACCUUAUAAUGUACAAGUCUCUCUGUUUAAUCUUUCAGCAUUCACCUGUGUUAUGCCAACGGCGAAGCUUUGUUUGUAACUUUGUAUUGUGUUUCAUCUUCAUGGAUAGUAAAUGAUGUUAUUAAAUUGACUAACAUUUGCAGAUGUGUAAAUAUGAAUGUCUACAUCUGUUUGGCAUGUGUAGUAAACAUGUAAUUCUUUAUUUGCAUUGAGAA